AUGGAAGUCUGGACCGAGCACAAAAGCCACUCCGUGGAAGGGCACACCCUCGUGGGCGAGCUCAAAUACAAAGGCCAGACUAUUUGGGGUCCCAGAGCUUGCCAUCCCAACACCACACAGCUGGGAAAGGCCCUCACCGACGCUGACUGGCGCUUUGCCAUGACAUUUGAGCACCGGGACAAAUCCGUCGAAGGACAUGUGCGCAAAAUCAGUGUCAAGGACUGGAACGGUAACCUGCUUCUGGACGGACUUUCAACUCACGACAGCAUGGAUAGCUUGGCUAGGGCUGUCAUGGAGAAGCUGCGAGCACAGAUGUCGACAGACGACACCCAAGCCGACCGCCAACUACACCAGACGCUCGAAUCCGCCUGCCGUCGUCGCGAUGACCCCGUCACUGCGCACGGGUCCCGCAAGCAUUCGCGCACCGACGACUACGAUGACUACGACGAGGAGGAAUAUUCCUCCGACUAUUCCUCCGAUGUCUCCGGUCGCUUCGACGACGCAGACGAAGACUACGCCUUCUCCGCACCCCCGGCCAGCUCGCCGCGAUCCACGCACUCCGCGAAGCGCCGUCGCUCCAACGACUGGCCCGUAGAGGAACUGCAACCGCCGCCCCCGCUGAAAGACACCGGAUCGACGGGCUCGCGCUGGCGCUCGCCCUUUCAUAGUAGGAACAAUUCCAGGACCGACCAUGGGUCGCCACGCACCGCUUCGGGCCGGCACGGACGUCAGGCGGGUCCCAGCGGGCGCGGCCGCCGGUCGCGCUUCGUCGAGGGCAUGAUGAACGAUAGCGUCAGUGAGAAACCGCCCAGCAUCUUUCUGCGCGACGGCAAGUCCGCCAAUGGACAGCAGGGCCCGACGCAUCGGUCGUCCGGAAUUUUUCGCUUCGGGAAGGCCAUCGCCUCGGCGUUUAACCCGUUUGGUGGGUGGGGGAAUGUGGGAGCGUGGAAGGGGUCGCCGUCGGCCGAGGCGAAUAAGCAGCCCGUGGACGAUGAUAUCGCGCGCGUCGAGAAGGCGUAUGCGGAGUUGAAGAAGGCAGGCUAUCGGGGCGCCGUCAAGGGGAAAUAUAUGGCGGGUGCUGGGUCGCAGUCGAGCAACAACCUCGCGGACCAGACGUGGAAGUCAAUCCAGGAGAAGAUGGACUACAAGUCACCGACGGGACGUCACUCGAGGCAGAAUUCCGGUGAGGGCCAUGAGUCGAGUGGCUCGCUGCGCAAUUCGUUCCAGGAGAUCCGCCGUGCCAAGUCGUCACUGGGCAUUACGUCGAGUUUUAUCCCCCUUGGUCGUCGAUCAGAGGACACCGAGCAGCCGCAACUGCGCAAGCAAAAGUCAAAGAGAGAGAAGCUGCUGCGACGGGUGAGCACGCUGGAGGAGAAGCUUGAGAAGGCCCGGCGAGAGCUGCAGGAGCUCAUGGGCGACGAUGCACCCCCGGUCCCGGAGCGAUCGCACUGUCAUGACUCAACUCACCAGAGGAAAUUCGUGCCCGGUGCACUCCCUACACUCCCCUCCGAGAGGCUCCUGAACAACCACGACCCAGUAUCCCCAAUCUCGCCUACAUCUGACUCAGCUCUCCCCAUGUCACUAUCAGAGAGCAUCCAACGUACCAUGCAGAGCCAGGGCCCUGGACCAAUGACAACAACCAUCGAGCCCGAGUCCACCAUCAGAACCCCAGCCAAAUCCCCCAGUCAGCGAACGACACAGUCGUUGGCCGUCGACAGCCCAUCACUGAAGCGCAAAUCGCCCGAUCCCGAAUCCGCCAGCGCAGCAAACACCCCCAAAUCCCCGAAAGAAGGCGCAACAAACCCCACAGAGGAAGGCAACCAAUCCGACUCGUCUCGCCGAUCCAAAUUCCCCAAGACGUUUCCAGGCGACAGUCCCGGCUCCGUAGAGCGCAAACAAACCCCGCGACACCGGGACGAAAGCAAUACCCCACGUUCCCCGAGCGAAGAACGCGGCCGAAGGAGAAGAGCCUCGCAACCGCUCCGGUCGCACAGCAAGCGGUCCCCCUCGGCGAGGCGAAGGGCGUCCAAUUCUCAAAACAGAGGCACCACCCCGUCGCUGCGCAUGAAAAAGGGACGUGCCGAUCUGCGAUCCACCAGUACGCAGGCGAUGAACAUCGAUAAUCACGAUAAAGAGAACCAGCACGCAAUCCACUCCCGACAGAACCAAUCGCACUCAGACCCGAUUGAUCUGGAUCAACCUGAUGCAAGCCCGAAUUCAUCCCCAACCAAGAAAAAGGAACAUCGAUACACAUACAACUACAUCCCGCCCGUACCCCCAUUACCUAAGGAUAUAGCCGCAACAGCCGCGAAAGUGGACCGAAGGCUAGCAAAGGAGAUUGAGAGGCGCGAGCGGAACCGGAGAUCAAUGGCUCAGGGAAAGAUGAACGGCAAGGCUGGGGAUGCGUUCCGGUGGCCUGACGAUAUCUUCUGA